CAGAAUCGGUUUCAGUUGUAGUCUGAGUAGUGUGUUGGUAACUCUGUGUGUGUCUUCUAUCCGAACAUAUUCAAUCUCGGCGCGGCAUUCUACACCAAAACGCUCUUACUUUUACAAUUUUGCAACAAAACCCAAGUGAAAUAUGACUGAUCUUUGAUCACCUCAAGUGCGCGAAACAGUUUGUGAACUUAGAAUUGUGCUUCCUUCGUUGGAAACAUUUUUAAACUACAGUUUGUGUGUAUGUAGCAUGGAUUUUUGGUUAUAGUGCUGUGUGUGAACUCAGGAAUAUUUCCCUGGUCAUCAGGAUGUAUCAUUUCGAUGGUUUGAAGAAUUAUGGACUAUGGAUGAACAUUUCUUCGUUGACAAGAGGCAAAAUGCUGCAUUGGCUGUUGGCGAUGUUGUUUCUGAUAACAUUGGAUACAACAUCGGCCCAUGAGCAUGACUCCAGGUACAUCUCCUACGAAGAUUUGACGCUGACGGCGAAGAGAUUCUCAGAGCCCGGAGUGUCACACUUUUCGAAAAUUCUUUUCGAUGUGUCACGUGAUCAACUUGUUGUGGGUGCCAGGGACUCACUGUACAGGCUAUCUCUGAACAGUCUGCAGAAGUUGGAAAAAGCUCUGUGGUUGGCGCCGGCUGAGAAGGUGAAGAUGUGCCAAGUGAAGGGCCAAUCAGAGAUGGACUGCCACAACUUCAUCAAGGUCCUCUUGACCAAUGGCAGGAAGCUAUUCACAUGUGGAACCAAUGCAUUCUCGCCUCAGUGCUCCUGGAGAGAGAUGGAAGACGUGAGCCGCGUAUCGGACUGGGUGCGCGGGGUGGCCAUGUGUCCGUAUUCGCCGUAUGCGAACAGCACAUCGCUUCUGACCGACGCCGGCGUCUACUUCGCUGGCUCGCCGAUGGAUUUCACCGGCGCCGAUUCGGCGAUUGUGCGCGACUUAGGCGCACUCAACCUGCGCACUAUUCAGUACAACAGCAAGUGGCUCAACGAACCCCAGUUUGUCGGAUCGUUCGAGACUGAGUCGUUCGUCUUCUUCAUGUUCCGCGAGAGCGCGGUCGAGUAUAUCAACUGUGGAAAGAUUGUGUACUCCCGUAUCGCCAGAGUUUGCAAGAACGACAGCGGAGGACAACAUCAGAAUAUUUGCGUUUGUUUCUAUCUUCACGAAACUCUGUUUUUGAACAGUAUCGCCGGCUCGGCAAUCUGCUCGUUCAACCUGACCGCGAUUCAAGCCGCGUUCAACGGGCCGUUCAAGCACCAGGAGACGAGCGGCUCGGCGUGGGAGCGAUCAGUGUCGCAUCAGCACACGCGACACGCACAGUGCCUCGACAGCGCCACGCCCAAGAUGAGUGAGCUGUCGCGAUAUCAGCUGAUGGACGCCGCUGUCCAGCCGGUCACUCAGGAUCCGCUCUAUGUGGGCAAGCUGGAGACAAUCACGCAUAUCGCCGUAGAUGUGUUGGCUACCAAAUAUCAUAGAGCUGUACAUGUGCUGUAUGUUGCCACAGUUGAAGGAUACAUAAAAAAGAUUUCAGUACUGACCAGAACGCAAAAAACAUGCGUAUUGGAAGUUUGGCGUCCCUUCCCAGUUGACAGCCCUCAAACAAAUAUCCUGUCACUCAGUUAUCUGAAAGAAACGGACUCGAUCUACGUGGGCCUGGAGGAUUCUCUGCUGCGGAUACCAACGGCGCACUGCAGCCGACACCGGACGGCCAAGGCUUGCAUGAACUCGAUGGACCCCUACUGCGGCUGGAACGAACUCAAGGAGCAGUGUCUGCCCCCUCCCAACCGCGACCCUCUCGCGUCCUACUGGCAGCAGAAUGCCACGCAGUGUCCCGUGCUAACCCAUCCUGUUGCGGGUGGUUGGUCAGCCUGGAGCGCCUGGACUCCGUGCUCGCAGGUGUCUGCGACCGACGACUCGGCCGCGUCGGGAGGCGACUCAGCCGCGUCGGGAGGCGACCAAUGUCUGUGCGCGACCCGUCGCUGCGACAACCCGCCAGCACUGCACGGUGGCGCACCCUGCCAGGGCAUCGCGACGCGCGUCACCAACUGCACCGUGCACGGCUCGUGGACCGCCUGGUCAGCGUGGUCCGACUGCUCACAGACGUGUGGCGUCGCCGUCAAGACAAGACGUCGCGCCUGCGGCAACCCGGCACCGGCGCACGGCGGUCGUGUCUGUGUCGGCACCGAUACGCUUGAGAUGUACUGUCAUUCUAAUCCUCCCUGUCCUGCUCCUUCGGCACCGGUCCGCGACGGCGCAUGGAGCGCGUGGGGUGCCUGGGGCGAAUGCUCGGCGCGCUGCGGUGGCGGUUACCGGGUGCGCACCAGGCGCUGCGACAACCCGCCACCCCAGGCGCCAGGCGGUCUAGAUUGCGCCGGCUGCCACCUGGACUACGAGACGUGCAACACGGCCGCCUGCAUCGACUCGAAGCGCCUGUCCAACUGGACGCCCUGGAUGGCCGUCGGCAACGGCACCGAGAAGCGCGUGCGCUUCGCGUGUCGGGCGCCCACCCCGGAUCCCGCGCACAUCAAGAUCACGCAGGCCAAGGAGGAGGAGCGUGUCUGUCAGGCCGACGGCGUUUGCCUCAGAUCAGGACGCGUGGAGAGCGAAGACCUGUGGUCGGACUGGUCGAGUUGGUCGCCAUGCUCGGUGGAGUGUGGGGGAGGGCAACAGUUCCGCGAACGCAAGUGCGAGGGUCGACCAGAUGACUGCCAGGGUCCGCCCAGGGUGGCGCGAGUCUGCAACACUCACAACUGUCGAGGUGAAUGGAGUUGCUGGGCGGAAUGGUCCAAGUGUUCGGUGUCGUGUGGCAUUGGCAUGAGGCAGCGCACACGUCACUGCAUGGCGGUCAACAACAAGGAUCAAGAUGGCACCGGCUGUGAGGGCCCCUCGGUUGGCACCGACAUCUGCGAAAUGCCCACUUGCCAAUCUCUCCAAGGUUGGGACAACUGGUCACCAUGGACACCAUGUGACUCCGGCCAACAGGAGCACAGAACCAGGCAAUGUCUGGCCUUGAAUCCGGGUCCAGAGCUGUGUCAAGGCCAUUCUAGAGAAUCGAGAAUGUGUCUGGAAAUGUCGAAUGAUCUGUCACCAAUGAACGCGCAGUCGACAGUUGACAGUCGGAGCCGCGACGGCCUGUCGACGUUCUCGAUAGUGGUGCUGUGCCUGAUCUGCCUGAUGGCAGGGGGCGGCAUGGCGCUCGGCGGCUGCUACUGGUGGCAGCAGCGUCGGAAACCCUCUCUGCCCGGCUCGCCGCACUACAUCUCGUCUAAGCAGAACCCCUACGUCACAGUUCCGCUCAAGGAGGUGCACUCGCCCAAGCGGACGCCAUCAUUCUCUGCGAAACCCGCCAACGGCACGCCGAAGUUGUUCGCCAAGCAGCCGGGUGACUACGAGACGGCCACUAUCAAGCGGAACAGUCACAGUAUGAAUGGGCACAUCAGGGCUGAUCUGGAACAGGACAAGUUCUUCUGAGACCACCUCGCUGAAAUGGGACUCUGGUGGCCGAAACUGGGGGUUCUUACUGGAAUGGAACUUUGGUGGCUUGUCACAAUCGAAAGUUCGUUCUAUUAUAAAUCGGUAAUCAUCCAAUCAAUCGAUUAAUAUCGGAAUCAAUAGAUUUAUUAUGAGACUUGGUGGCUGGUCACGUUCCAUUAUAAAUUGAUAAUCAUCCAAUCAAUCGAUUAAUAUCGGAAUCAAUAGAUUUGUUAUGAGACUUGGUGGCUGGUCACAAUCGAAAGUUUGUUCUAUUAUCAAUCGAUUAAUAUCGAAUCAAUCGAUUCAUAAUGAGACUUAGUGGCUGGUCAUAAUCGAAGAUCGAAUGUGAAAACUAUGUUUUCACCAUAGAUAAACAAUAGCGUAAGUAGAUAUCCCAUGGUAUAGGGCGCUUAUGAUGUAACUUUUACUGUUAACUCAAGCAGAUUAUAGUCGAUUACUGUCGAUUAUUGUCGAUUUUUACUGUUUUGUUGAGAUGAGAGUGUAUGAACGGCACAGUAUGAGAGACUACCAGCGUCACACACCUUUUUGAGAAAGAAAUACGUGGACUAUCGGCUUGAGUUAACAUUGAAAAUUGCGACAUAAACGCCCUAUACCACGGGAUAUCUACUCAUGCUAUUGUUUCUCUGUGAUGAUACUUAGCUGUUUUAUAAACGGGGAACAUAGAGACCAUUUAUCGACCAUCAGUUGCCAUGAAGCUAUUUUUUAUUGAGGGGCUACUAAAAACAAACAGUUCUGGUUUUACUGGCCGCCAUUAGAAACUGACCGCUGCUGGAGUGAAAAGUACGUUCUCCUAUAGACAAAAAAAUUAAGCAGUGAGUUGAAAAGGUAAGUUCUGGCCACCAGUAACAUACUGCCUCCAUUUUCCCCGUCUAUACGCCACUUUACCUUGAACGUACACCAGUUGAGUGAAGUGAGUAUAAUUUGUGAUAAUUUUUGAGAUUCCAUUUGUUGCAAACGAAAUUCCAUGAUUAUUUGUGUUGGAACAGUAUUGUUGAGUUGAGAUGGGUCCACUUUUACAUUGUUGUGUUCAUUAAAUUGAAGAUUAGCGUGAAAUCUUUUUACAGGCAUAGAGAGAGCUAAUUUGAAAGUACAUGAAAAUCUUUAUUUUCCCAUUAAACUGAACAGCAUAUUUAGCAGACUUUGGAGAAAGUAAGACUUAUAUUGAGACUAGUCUAUUUUUUAUAGUAGAAGUCUGUUUUGGCGAGUAGAUGCAUGAAAAUGGCAUUAUAAAAGUAGAAGAUUAUUUUGGCUUUCAUCAAUAAUAAAAUAUUAUCAUAGAGAAACAAUAGCGUACGUAGAUAUCCCAUGGUAUUGGGCGUUUAUGUCGCAACUAUUACUGUUAACUCAAGUCAAUUAUUGUCGAUUUUUACUGUUUUGUUGGGGUGAGAGUGUAACAACGGCACAAUAUGAGAGACUGCCAGCGUCACACAGCUUCACGGCAAAGAACUAUUUGGACUAUCGGCUUGAGUUAACAUUGAAAAUUGCGACAUAAACACCCCUAUACCAUAUCUACUUAUGCUAUUGUUUCUCUAUGAUAUUAUUUAGAUGUUGGUUGUCUUUUUACGUUGUACGAUUUUAUUUCGUAUUUAUGUUUUCGUUCAUAUUAUUAUGCAUUCGUAUUAUCAUGUCUAGUUGUCUUUUGUAGAUAUGUGCAAUUAAAGCUUCUCUGAUUCCCAACGUUGAAUACAGAGAUUAAAAAAUAGCAUAUCUCAAAUUAUAAUGAGAAUCGAAGUUUUAUUGAGUAGGUAUUUGGUAAUGACUGCCUGUAAAGGAAACUAUGGAGUACAAUCAAGAUAAUUUGUUGGUUAGAUGAGAUCUAACCAUGGAUAUAAUUGUGAGAAUGAGUGAUUGCUAUAAAAAGUAUGCAUAGUACCUAGAUUAAUACUGGAGUGCCUUUUUUCAAGUAGAACUUUGUUAGCUGUAGAUUUGAUGGAAUUGACUGACACGAGUUGAAUUAUGAUUUUAUAAUUGAGAUAAGAUAUAAUAAUGAAAUAUUAUAAACAUAUCUAUAAUAUUGUGGUAUAAAAUAAAUACGGUGCAACCCAUCUAUUCCAAAUUGACAUAAUUAUGAUUAACCAAUAACGUAUUAAUAUAUUAGUAAUUUCCUCUGCUUUUAAUACAUCUUUUCGAGGUACAGCGAUUAUGUUGCUUUGUAUCUCGCUAUGUUUUAUGGUAUUAAUAUUAAAUGGACAUUGAGUUUAUUCAUAAAACUCCAUGAAGUUGUUUACAAAGUAGUUGAUGCAGUUUUUCAAUUUAAUUAUAAUGAGAAAGAAAUUUUCUAAAGAUUGAUUUUUUUUAUAAAUUCCACUGCAAGACCAUUUAGCAUUUAUUGGAUGAAUUUAUUUUGAUUCUAUUUCAUUCAUCUAUUCAGCAUUCCAAAGCAUACUAAUUUUUUUCAAGGAGAAAUUUGUAAUAAGCUGAGAAAAUUGCCUUUAUAAGAUCAUCUUAUCACUUGUAAAAUUAAAUUGUGAUAAAUUUUAUAUAGUAGUAAAAAUGUGUAAUGUAGCCUAGGUAGAACAAACUCAAAUUACCGAAUAUAUUAUGUAAUUAUCAUUAUUAUUGAAAUUCAAUAUGAUGAAUACAGUCCGUUCAACUUUAGGAUUUACAAUCAUUAUCAUAACUAUAAUAAGGUUUAAAUAAUGAUCAUCGUAUAAUCGUUAUUCUAGGUUUAGCUAUUAAAAUCAAUAAUCAUUAAUUGGAGAACAUUAUCCAAUCAUUUAAGUACUGCUAGUCGUAACACCAUUUCCUCUUUAGAAUUUGAACAAAUCCCGUAAUACUUAAGAAUCGUGAAAUCAAUUCUAUAUUAUUUCUUUUCUUGUAAAUAGUGUUCAAUCCAUGUCUCAUUAUUUGAUUUUGGAUCAUGUAAGCUUAUGAAUGACGAUAACAACUUAGAAUCAUACUCAUUCAUUAAUACCCGUAAUAACAAUUUUUAAUUGUAUGCAAGCAAUCGAUGAUGGUUGUGAAUGACAAAUAUUUCUUUUGUAACUCGUCAUAAAUAGUAACUGACUGAAUUCAGGUCAUUGAAAAUAAAAUUUAAAUUAGUGCCAUUUGAGAAGAAAAAAGAUUUGAUGAAAUGUAUUAUUGAUGUGUUUGACACUUCAAUUUUUGUUGCACAUAGUUAUUUAUGUUCUGAUUAAUUCACAGAACGAUUGUUAUUAACUCAUAUUGAGUUUUGUAUAUACUCUCUAAUUGAUACAUUACUAUCUUUAUAUGAAAAUUAUUGUAAACUAUAUUUUUUAAUAAAUUGUUUUUUUUAGAAUUCA